AUGGACCCUUCCCAAUUUGAUGCCCUCACUCGGCAAUUAGCUCAACUAGCCAAUAACCAGCAACAUGUACAAACUCAAUUAGCGGCUGUCCAAACUGAGAUGGCUGCUACUCUGUCCCAAAAUAGACGCCAUCGUCGUCGACGAGGUGAUCGACAACAUGUCAGACAUGAUCGUGGGGGUAGGGAUUAUGAUCGUGAGCGAGAACGAGACCAUUACCGCCAAGGUACUCAGUCCCCUACUCGCCAUGAGGAGCGUCUAUUCAGAAACAUUAAGCUAGAGGCCCCUACUUUUGAUGGUUGCUUAGAUCCUCGAGUUUUUACUCAAUGGAUUAGGGAUAUGGAUCGUUUCUUUACCUGGUAUAGAGUCCCUGAAGAUCGAAGAGUUCAAUUUGCUAGCCUGAAACUAACUGGCACUGCCCAACUCUUUUGGGAAAGUGUAGAGGAUCUCCUUGAGAGGCGUCAUGCGCCUCCCGUUGGGAGUUGGGAAGAAAUGAAGCGUCGUCUUCAAGAGAAAUACCUGCCCCAAUCUUACAGGGGUAAUUUGUUGGACCAAUGGAAUGCCCUUACACAGGGCAAUCGGCCAGUGACCGAGUAUGUCACUCAAUUUGAUGAAUUCCGAAUGAGAUGUCAUAUUGUUGAGGAUGAGGCCAUGACUUUGAGUAGGUUUAGACAAGGCUUAAAGGAUGACCUUAGACGUGAGCUUGUCCUUCGGGGUGUCGCUACACUUGACCAUGCUUACUCUUUAGUCCGAGACUAUGAGUCGGUCAUGAGGACUCCGUAUGGAAGGCGCGGUGACAACCGCCCUUCCAUCACCCCAGCGCCCACCCUUUCCCCUAAGUCUCUCUUAGGACCUCCGCCAUCUAAUGUUUCCCCCGCAUGGGAAAAUAAGGGUAAAGGUCCUGAAGUUCCAAGGACUUCCUCCCGCUUGCAGUGUUUCAAAUGUAAGGGUUUUGGUCACAUUUCUUCCAAUUGUCCUAGUCGAACCCUAGUCAUUGAGGAACAUGAGGGUAUAGUUGAGGAACUGUUAGAAGAUCAAGUCUAUGAGCCUAAUCUUGAGGAUUUUGGUGAUUUAGGUGAUGAUGAGGGUACCUUCUUAGGUUGUAUCCGAGCCUUUCCUGUGGAUUUAAGUUCUGUACCUUAUGCUCCCGACACACCCAGAUUAAGUGUUGUACGUUGCACCCUUACCCAACCAAAAGGUACUGAUGAUUGGCGCCGUCAUGCCAUCUUUCAUACUUAUAUCAAAAUCAAUGAUAAGGGUUGUAAAAUCAUUGUGGAUAGUGGGAGUUGCAUUAAUGCGGUUUCUGUGGCUACUGUGUCCCGUCUUGGAUUACAACCAGUGCCUCACCCUCAGCCGUAUAGUGUUUCUUGGGUUGAUACCUCUUCCAUAGCUGUGAAAGAGCGUUGUCUGGUUCCUAUCCAGUUCUUAGAAUAUAAGGAUCGUAUAUGGUGUGACGUCAUUCCUAUGGAUGUCGGUCAUGUCAUUCUUGGCAGGCCUUGGUUAUUCGACUUAGAUGUGACUAUCCAUGGUCGAUCCAAUUCAUGUUCCUUUGUGUUUAAUGGAAAGAAGAUUCAUCUUAACCCUCUACCUCCAAAACCUGUUGUUGUUAUGGAGGUUCCUUUGGCAUCUCCAGUAGUGGUCCCUGAUGAGGCCCAAUCAUUUUUUCAGGAGUUUCGGGAUGUCUUCCCUGAAGACCUCCCUGACCACUUACCUCCUCUACGAGAUAUUCAACAUGCCAUAGAUCUCGUCCCAGGAGCGUCCCUUCCCAACUUGCCUCAUUAUAGGAUGAAUCCCACUGAGCAUGCUGAGCUCCAAAGACAAGUAGGUGAACUUCUUCACAAAGGCUUUAUCCGUGAGAGUUUAAGUCCUUGUGCAGUUCCUGCCCUUUUGACUCCUAAGAAAGAUGGUUCUUAG